AUGUCUUGGCUCUUCGGUUCCUCAAGUGGUGAGUCUCCAUAUCGAAUUGCUAUUACCCUCAAUCCAUACACUUGCGCAAUGCGCCAAUUACAUUGCAUUGCGGAGAUGGAAUAUAGCUUUUUCUUACCCUUGGACCUUACAGAAAAUAAAUCUGCUGCAUCAGAGCAAGCACCAGCUCAAACUUCUCAAACUGAGAAGCCCAAGCCCUGCUGCGUCUGCAAGCCCGAGAAGACCGCCCGUGACGACUGCAUGCUAUUCUCGAAAUCCGAAAACCCCGAGGAGGAAUGUAAGACCACGAUCGAGCAGUACAAGACUUGCAUGGCUGGCUUUGGCUUCAAGGUCUAG